AUGGCGGUUGAUGAAUCCUCUAGCCAGGGCGUACCGGAGCAACCUCGAAAAAAUCGCACUGCUGGAAUUCAAGGGUCGGCGGCCGAGCAAGAAGACGACAAGCCAGCGACUAACACCCAGAAUACAGAGACUUCUGCAACGGCAACUAACAGCACAAGCAUGGUCGCCAACACAGCGUUUGUUCAAAAAUUGUACAAUAUGCUAGAAGACCCCGCAAUGCGAGAGUUGAUAUGGUGGGCCCCGUCGGAAACGUCGUUUUUAAUUCACCCCACUGAGCGAUUCAGCAAAGCACUGGCAACAUACUUUAAACACGCCAACAUGGCGAGCUUUGUCCGUCAGCUAAACAUGUACGGUUUUCACAAGGUAAACGAUCACAACAAGGCCAUUCAACAGAGUUUGCGGACAAAAACCGACAUGACAUCCACUGCCCCACGGUCUUCUUCAAACCAGACAAAAGCUAUCAGCACGGAACCAGAUCUCUACGAAAAUACUCAAAGUAUAGCUGCCAAUGUUUGGGAGUUUAGGCAUAGUUCAUCUGCUUUCAGAAGAGGCGACAUUGAGAGCCUCAAGUUCAUUAAACGCAGAUCAUCGCGACAUAACCCCUCAAACCGAAAAAAUUCAAACAGCACAAUAUCAACACCACUAGAAUAUACGGCUCCCACGACCGACCACUUGGUGGAACAAGCUCCGGGCUUGUAUCGAUCAGGAUCUCACAUCGACGUGGCGCAUGGCUGUUUGUUUGGCACCAUGGGACAGUCUUCCUCAACUCCUAGUACUGCGGGUCUUAUUCAAGCGCCCACCGAUUAUUUUGGAGCGACUUAUCAGCAACAUCCGCAGCAGCAACAGCAUCAACAAAGCGGCAAGCUUCUGCCGCCUGCUUCUCACACGCAACAGCAACAACCUAUUCACCAGACAAUGGUUCAAGCACCCUCGCAGUCCUACUUUCAUUGGCAAGAAAGACCAUCAUUGAGCAACAAGGUUAGCGACAUAACGCAGGCUAGUCUAUCCCAAUUGGCAAGGCCUGAAAACUAUGCGGCACAAACCAACUUCGAGUUUGCGGUUGAAGAUCUCCGCAACACAAAUAUGGAUAUGAUAAAACUUUUGGAGUUGGUUCACACACUUGUUUCGACGCCCCAACAAACACCUGGGAACUCUGAAAAUGUGAAGCGAGUAAGCACGCCCGUCUCAAGUCAAACCAGUUCAAAUGAAAUUGGGAUUUCGCCUGGUAGUGUAUCAGCUCAACAACAACAUUCUGAGAAUUUGUUGAGUGAGAUAUCAAGACUCAAGAACUCUGCAAUGAACAGGCUACAAAGGUCAGCGAUUUCUCAGCAGAAUUCAAGAUCAGUUCAUAGCUCGAUAGACCACCACACCGCGAACCCCUAUCAUGCAUACUACUCAAACCGUCCGGGCACUUUUCCUAAAAAAAACUCAUUUUCGUCGGCAGCUGUAUCGCAAGUGGCGAGUGCACAAUUGACCCCGCCUCCUUUACAACAAUAUACACAGUCCAAUGUUCACCAGGCACAACAUCUACCAGCUGCCUAUUUGAAUCCAGUGGGAGCUCAAACGGACUACUUUGGUCCAGCAAACGCAAAAGUCAGUGGUGCGUCGGGGCCAUAUUUGAUGCUCAAUCCUUUCGAAAGAAAAGAUUCAGCUUCGCUCAAUAAAAGCAGACAUUUGAGCGUCUUAAUGGACCCCCUUGCGCCUGCGCCAAUCAAUCCUGCCGCGUCUAUGACUACUACCAGUGCACCGCCGAACAUGUCUCAACAACACAGCUAUUAUUCGGGACACCCGGUAGCUAGUUCGCAUCCCUUGGGGCCUGGAGGAGGAACGUCAAAAAGUGAUGUCAAAAACUUGCCAACGUCGAACCCUGACGCAUAUCAGGAAGGCAAGGUUUUGGAAAAAAGACCGUUAUCUCCUUCUAUCACAGAAAUGCCUGUUCAUCCUCUUCCAGUCAGAGGGAGUGUUAAGUCAUCUCUAGGAAGCGCCAAUAAUGCAGUGACAUACAGACCUUACUUUCCUUACGGGACAGUUCCAGGCGCCGGCCGCACCUCGCCCUCUGGUGCGCAGUCACUGCAACAUCCACAGAUGACAAUGCAUGGUGGCAUGCCUCAGAACAAAACGCAACAACAAACGAGCACACGUCCUCUUCAUGUUCAAAGAGGACCAUCGCCUUUAAACCCUCAUGCCGGCGAAAUGUUAGAACAAGAAUCAUUAGAAAACCCUGCGCGCCACGCCCAGUCCGCUGCUGGCCAAGAUUUGUCCGCAAAUCGCAGAGAUGAAACUACCGGUAGUCUGUCAGGACUGUAUGCGUUGCUGAAUUAUGAUGGAAAAGAGCCGCCUUCAAAGAAAGUGAAGCUUUGA